AUGGCACCGCAGAAACUCCCCGCCCAGACAAAAAUGAGCGUGGAAAGCUCUCUCAAAAAACUCCCAGCAGAAAACACAACGCCAAUGCUAUCACACUAUCUCCAUAGUCCCAGUACCGCCAUAGAGCGUCUGGCGAGCAAUUUGCCCGCAUCUUCCAGUAAGAGGAGUGAGCAUAAGAUGGAAGGAGUCUUGAAAGAUCUGCUGGGUGUGCUUCGGGAAUCGCAUAACGAUGAUGAAGAUUGGAAGGGUGAAGCACAAACUAGAGAGUGGGAGGAGAGUUUAUGA